AUGCUCAUAUCGUACCUCCAAAACUGUGAUCCACCAGUACUUCCACGUCUUCAAGAGGACUUUCGAAGUGAUAACAGAGGGAAGAGGAUGGUUGAGAACUGGGAUACAUCUUAUGCACAGGUCGAGGAAGCUCUUCUGAAGUCGUGGCCAAAGAACAAGGAGUCGUGUGCACAAUUGCUCAUUGGCUAUUUCGACUAUUAUCUCGAUUCGAUUUCCGAAACUUUGUGGUUCAAUGUCGACGAGAAAUGA